CCAGAGGUGCCUCGUCCCUGGCUUGGACAUGGCCGUGCCAUACUACCGGCCGCUUGCUCUGCUCCUCCCGCUCGUGUGCCUCGGCUUGCUUCAUGCCGAUUCCGCCGCCUCUAUCACCGCCGGCACCCCCGACGGUUCGGAGCUGUGGGGCUACGUCGAAGUCCGGCCAAAGGCUCACCUGUUCUGGUGGUACUACAAGAGCCCGCAGAGGAUGUCGACGCCGGGGAAGCCAUGGCCGACCGUCCUCUGGCUGCAGGGCGGCCCGGGCGCGUCUGGCAUCGGGCUCGGAAACUUCCAGGAGAUCGGGCCGCUGGACGUCGACCUGAAGCCGCGCAACUCGACGUGGCUGCAGAAGGCGGACCUCAUCUUCCUGGACAACCCGGUCGGCACCGGGUACAGCUACGUGGAGAACGACACCCUGUUCGUCACGACCGACUGGCAGCAGGCGGCGGACGCCACCACGCUGCUCAAGGCGCUCGUCAGGGAGGUGCCCGCGCUACAGGGCAGCCCGCUGUUCCUGGUUGCCGAGUCCUACGGCGGCAAGUACGCAGCCACUCUCGGCGUCUCCGUCGCCAGGGCCGUCCGCGCCGGCGAGCUCAACAUCACACUCGGAGGUGUCGCGCUCGGGGAUAGCUGGAUCUCGCCGGAGGAUUUCACGCUCUCCUACACGCAGCUGCUCCUGAGCGUGUCGAGGCUGGACGACAAUGCCGGCGACGAAGCGAACAAGAGGGCGGAGACAGUGAAGCAGCAGAUCGCGGCAGGGCAGUGGGCCACUUCGCAGGAGUCCUGGAACGAUCUGCUGGAUUUCAUCUCUACCAAGAGCGGCAACGUAGACGUGUACAAUUUCCUUCUUGACAGAGGCAUGGACCCGGUGUCUGUGGACUCAUCAACGGGCUCAUCGCUGAGCAACUUACAGGCGACGAGGUACUCUACAUACCUCAGCAGUCAGGACUCUGGCUCCAACAACACCAUCGAUGGCAUCAUGAAUGGGGUCAUCAGGGAGAAGCUUAAGAUCAUCCCCAAGGACUUCAAGUGGGGGGCGCAGUCUGACUCGGUCUACUUUGCGCUGGUCAACGAUUUUAUGAAGCCAAGAAUCAAUGAGAUUGAUGAGCUGCUGUCUUAUGGCAUAAAUGUGACGGUGUAUAAUGGCCAGCUCGACAUGAUCUGCUCGACCGAUGGCGCAGAAGCAUGGGUUCAGAAGCUCAAAUGGGAUGGUCUGAAGAGCUUUCUGAGCCUACCAAGGCAGCCUCUGUAUUGCGGCGCCAGCAAAGGCAUCAAAGCCUUCGUCAGGUCCUACAAGAACUUGCAUUUUUACUGGAUUCUUGGAGCUGGGCACUAUGUGCCUGUUGACCAGCCUUGUAUCGCGUUGAGCAUGAUCAGCAGCAUAAUCAAGUCACCAGCAAGUUAAUUGAUUUUAAGUGAUAUAUGCUGAGAACAAGGAGGGUCUCAACUACAAGAAGCUAGCACAAGAACAUUGCAACAUUCUUGAAAUAUAUUAUAGGUUGCAUACUUAAAAGGCAAUGGAAUUGAUGAUGCCAUUCCUUUUUAUUUUUUUUCGUUAAAAACAGAGUACCUAUCUGAUAUGAAAGUGGUGGCCUCAUCAGCAUAUUGCAGAAGCAAUAAUCCAUCGACCACCAAAAUGCCGUGCAGAGGCUGAGCUUGUUUCUAUUUUCUAAAGAUUUGAUUCCCAAAAGAUUGGAAAAAAUACAUCCUUUCGAUCUUUUGUCAUGUGUUAGCCUAUGUUUCAAUUUGGGAGAAAAAUAUAAAUAAAGGCACAUUUGUUA